CGAAAGAUGCGUACGCGCAUCAUCAGAUAACAAUACGUUUUCAAUUAUUUAUCGGGUAUUUAUUGUUAUGUUUAAUUAAUAAAUAUAUUGUUCAUUUAAUACACAUUUAAAAAAAUGUGAGUAAUGUCUGAUGUGUAAAUGUGUAACAAAAUAUAAAUGUAACUGAAAAUUUAAUUAAAUAACCUCAAAUGUAUUUAAGUGUAUUAGUUAGUAAAUAAUAAAUAUCCGAGCGGAACAGAAAUAAGUAUUUAAAAAUGUGAUUAAUUGGUGAAAUCAUACGUGUUACGUGUCGAAAUAUUUGUGAAGGUUGUGGUGCCAAAACGACGCACAGUGGGUGUCGUUUAUUUGUAAAUGUUCUUUAAAUAAGUGUUUACGCUAUAAUAAAACAUGGUAGCCGCAUUGGAAGUUGCCGAAAGGACGAACAAUAAUUUCUUUAAAUCUUUUCUACCUGCUGUAAACUCACCAACGAUUCCUCAUCGGGACGUUUCGGGAACAUCAACAACCUACCGUCCUUACAACCAAGAAUAUGCAUCUGUACAGCGCCGAGUCGACAGACCAGUGCAACCUGAAGUUGAAGCGGAACGUAUUAAAAAAGACAAAAAAUGGUCAUUGGGAAAAUUAUUCAGAAGAAAGAAAAAAGAAGAAGAUAGUGGUUCGUCAUCAGAAAGCGAUGAAGGUGUCAGUACGAGAUCGCCAUCUAAAAAGAAAUCUAAAAAGAAAAAGAAAACACCAGCCGUCAAUAACUUUGAUCAUAUAGUCUUAAGAGACUCGAGAAGAGCUCAAAGUCUGGCCAAAACCAGUGUUCCCGAUAUUGCAGACGAUGGUAUUCUAUCAGAUCCUUCGGCUGGCUUCCUUAAUUAUCGAGCUAAAACACAUUUAUAUGGUGCGUCUAAAGAAUCUAUAAGUUUGAGAGAUGAGCACACAUAUCGUACUUCGAGACCUGGAUUAGAAACUUCAUCCAGGAAAACACGGAAAGGUAGAUUGAAGGCUCGUGUUGAAGCAUUAAGAAAUAGUAUGAGAGGUGAAUCGAGCAGCGAUGAAGAAUCAUUAAAGUCUUCUAAUUCUUCAUCAAUGGUACGAUUUAGAAGUGACGAUUCAUUAAUGCGAUCUCGUGAUAGUUCGCUAAACAAAAGAACCAGAAGUGCGAGAAAUGAAAGAUACGUAAAGAGAUUAUCGCGUGAUGAAGAAAAUCAACUGAACAAAGAAGCUGAAUUAAUACAACAGGGUUACACAAAAGCCGAAGUCGAGAUGUUAACAAGAACACCUACAAGUCAAAGUAGUGGUUAUGGAACUUGUAAACGGGAACAAAAUAGCAAAGUUACUCAUGACCCGAGCUAUAUUAAUGAUGCACAUCAUCGUCCUUUAAAAUCAGAAUCAAUUUCAUCAUUUCCAUCAACUCAAAGUUACCCAUCAUCUAUUAAUUUUAACGCCAAAGUUAACAAUGAACUAAUAAACUAUUCCAUACAGUGCCCAAGUAAUCUUAUAAAUAGAGAACCGCUUUAUGCUAAUAACAACAGGGAAAGGAGUGUCAGUAAUCAUUAUGAGAAACCAGAAAAUGUUAUGUGUGUUAAAUUUCCACUAGGAAAUGUUACUAAUAUAAAGAGAGAAGACAGGGCUCCACCUGUACCACCUCCGAGAGACAUGCAAAGAAAGCUCACUACACCACUAUCAAUGUAUUAUGAAAAUAAUUCUACAGUACCUGACAGAAUUGGAAAUAAUCAAAAUGUCAUACAUGGUGUACCCAACAACGAUUUUGAUAGAAUUAUGAGAAGAAGUCAGGAAAGAUCGAUAGGUCAAGGAUUUAACGGCUUACGACGACCGAUUUCUACCUCUGAAGACCAUAUUGCUAUGCAAAAUAAUGAAUUACCUCAUAGCUUUCAAUAUAAAAAUGAACAACCUCGUAGGCCUGCUUCUGUAUCAGCAGAACCCAAUCAUUAUGGACUAUAUGCUAAUACACCACCUUGGAGAAAAAAAGUUGAACAACCUGUUAUUAUCAAACCAGAGCCUAUUCAAUUGCGACAAGAUUACUUAUACUAUGCUGAUCAAAGCCCUAGAUCACGACGUCCAAUUAGCAUAAAAUCUAGUCAAAAUGGUUAUGAAAAUCAAUAUUUAAGUGAUUCCCAGGCAACUUUAGGUAUAACUGAAAAUAUAUAUAGAAAGCCUCGAAAUGCUUCAGAGUUUUGGAGAAAGAUUGAUGAUGCUGAAAAACAAAGAAAACAACAAGGAACUUUUACAAAUUUUAGGAACAAAAGUAAUUAUGCUAGUGGCACACAAAAACAUAAAGUGAUGAUGGAUCAAAAUAAAGCGAAUUCCAUUAAACUAGAGAAUUCCGAUAUUCAAAAUAAAAAUAAAAUUGAAUUUAGAACUCAGUCUCUAGAUACUUCGGAUGGUGCUAAAAUUUGGAAAGCCACGACUGAAUAUAAACGGUCCGUAACUGUAGAACCACCAAAUACUGUAACAUCGCCAAAUUCGAAAACUCAUGUCAGACAUAAAUCGGACACAUAUAUACCGAAUUCCCAUUCUCAAAUGACGUCUGAUGACGAAAAAAGCUCUGAACGACGAAAAUCUACAAAUCUUGAUGAUGCUCUUAAUGAAUUAGAGGCCAUAUAUAAUAGCUUGGGUUUAGGUGAUGAAGAUUUACUAGACAGAGCUGAACGCAGAGAAUCAAUGACUCCAAAAUUCAACGACCACUACAACGAUUGGAAUGGUAAUGAUAAUGAUGUACAAUUACGUAGUCAGCCGACAACACCAUUACGACGUGUGUCAAGACGAUCCACACUACCAGAUAAAUUGCAAGAUGACAUGGCAUUUCGAAGGAUGAAUUCGCUUACGAAAGAUAAGCCCAAUUAUAAUGAUACACAGACACAAAUUAGCUAUAUGUUAGCCUCACCUGUAUAUGUUCCAUACGCAUCAGAUGACGAUAGAAGUUCUGAUCAUCGCAAUGAACCAGAUAUAGUUCACGACGAUGUGGUUUAUAGAAAUAUCAAACAAACCAAUAGUCGUUUAAAAACGCUUGACCCUCAACCACCUUUUGGUAUACCUCUAGGGCCAGUAUCUCCUGCUCCACAAAGUGACUACUUACAUGCGACGCCUGAGAAUAAAGUUAGGUCACGAUUUGUUCCCAGAAAGUCGCCAGAUUUAGUAUCCGAUGAUUUAGCAUACCGAAAUCUUAGGAAAGAUAAUAGACAUUCUACGUUCUUCAAUGGAGAUGAAUAUAAUGUUCAUAUUAAUAAUAACCAAAGCUAUACUGAAUUUCCUUUCACGAAGGAAUCAGUUGCUAGCUUAAAAAAGAAGAGAGCAGUAAGAUCUCUGUCUGCCAACAUAUUCACUAUGAUACAAAAAGAAAUUGAUGAUGCAGUAAAUAUGAGCAAAAUGGCCACAUUGCAAAAAACGAACAGCAAUAGCGAUGUUAUGCGACGUCUUCGAGAAACCUUCGAAAAAAAUGACAACGAACAGGAUUAUUAUCCACGUAAUAAGGUAAAACACAGACAUAAUACUGUCAGUCUCUUUGUCAAUAACACCCAUACACCAACCUCUCAUUUCGCAAAAGAUGACACGUACAUUCAUACUGAGGAUAAAUAUCUUGCUAAGCCUCCAUCUUAUGAUAAGUCAAAAAGCUCAUCACCAUCCAAUAGAUCACCACAAUCAUCUAAACGAUCAUCUAAAGACGAAUUUCAGCACGUACUCAGUAUGCUUGCACAAGAAGCAAUGGACACCAGUAAUAAACUAGGAGUAGCUUUAGCUGAAUUAGAUAAAAAUAGAAAUAAUACUGAAAAGAAAUCAGAUAUUCAAAGCAAACUAUCCGAUAGUAGAUUGAACUUUUUAAAUGGUUUAACUGGGAAACCAUUAGAUGAUAUUAAUCCUCCAGAAGUAAAAGUUGUUAAAAUACGCUCAGAAAUUAUUGCACCUAAUGAUAAGUACAAUAAUAAAAUAAAUGAGCAAACUAAAGCCAAAAAUACCGAGGAUAGUCUUUUAGCCAUAUCAGAUCAAUUACAUAAAGUUGAAGAUCAACUUAAACAUAGUUUUGAAAAAGAACUUAAAUUCGAAGAUGAAAGUUUAAGACUUUCUAAAUAUAUAUCCAAAUCUGAAGAGAAAUUAAAAGCUGAGGAAAAAACAGUUGCAGUCGCUGAUAAUAAGUUAGUGCCGGAUGUUAUACCGUUAACCAUAAAAAACGACUCCAUAAGAAUCGAAAAUAUUAGUGACUCUGUAAACAAACAUGACAUUGAAGUCGCUCAUGAAAUUAAUCCUCUCAAUCCAUUUUUAAAUAUCGAUGAUAAAAUAAAAGAAAUUAAUGAAAUAAAUGCAUUUAAGGAACUAAAAGAUGGAAUUUCCGACUUGAUAGCUGGAAUUACACAAGUUAAUGAUAAAUUAUUAGUAUCCAAAUCAUCGAAAUCAGAGAAUAAUAGUCCUGAGAAAGAUAAAAUUACUGGUAUAUCAGAAGCUACUGAAAAACUGAUCCAGGUAACUCAAAAUUAUUCUAGCCAAGAAUUGCCUAAUAGGGGUUCUAUAAAUCUGUCAAUAUAUGAAGAUGACUUAGAUAUAAAAAAAGACACAGCAGAUUCAACUGAAUAUAAUUCCUCUGAGGAAUUGGCAACUAUAUUUAAACUACAUGAAAAUAGUGUCAAACCUCAGAUAACACCUGUUGAUGAAGUUCAGUCUGAAUCGGAGACAGCUAUUAGAGAUGAAUUGAGUUCCCCUAAACUUGUUCAGUCUAUGAAUCAACAAUUAAGGAGGCUGUCAGUGGACCAAACGAAUGACAGUAAUAAUAGUACAGCUAGUCAAAGCAACUCACUGCCAACUAAUAUUGUGCCGUGGAGGACUAACAGGCAAAGUAACAAUUCAAAUAAAGAAAAAAGAGGCGAUAACACGCAGUCGAAGCGCAGUUGGCACGACUCUGGCACAUUGAUGUUAGCUUGCUCGUACACACUGAUGUUCUCCCAACACCUGGCAGACCUCGACUGGUUGACGCUGCUCGGCUUGCUCCUGGCAAUUAUCACCAUUAUUGCUAUGCUUAUAAUUUAACCCUUAGUUGUAAAAUGUAGAUGACAGUUAGUAAAGAUAGAUUUGUUAUUAAUACGCUGGAUCUAUGGAAUUAUUUGCGCUAUUGAUCCUGAGAGUAACAUAGGUUUUUUGUUAAUACCUAAACAAAAAGAGAGAUUUGUUAAAAUUAAAAUUAAAUUGCACUUAGAAACUCCGACGUCUAUCAAUGUUCCAAUGAUAAACUAUUAUUGCAUAUAUAAUUAGGUAUAUGGUUAUAUUACACUUUAAUAACUUAGCUGUGAUUAUAUUUUAAUCGUCUAUAAACUUUUUUUAUGUUAAUAUCUUAAUUUUGUGUGCCAAAAAUAACGAUCAAAUGAAAUGAACUAUUAAGAUUAAGUUAUUGAAUUUCUUUUUUAAGAGCAUGGAUAUAAAUAAUAUAUUUUCGUUUAAUGCAUGUAUAGUGUUAUAGUGUGUAGUACUAGAUGUUAUUAAAUUAAUUUCACAUUAAAAUGUUUCAUAUCGCCGUCACGAAAUUUUGUAGUAAUUACCUGCAUUGUAGUGAUUUAUGUUUUCAUUAACCAGAAAUUACUAAGUAUUCUAUUCAUAUUGUAUCAACUUUUUUAGAUUAUUAUUACUGUAAAUAUAGUAGUAUUAGUAUUUUUCUAUGAAUUAUAUACAGAAUAUAAAUUGUACUUAUGAUUUUUAAAAUGUUUAUCUUCCAUAGU